CGUUUUCGGAUGUUUCGUUCAUCGAGAUGCUUAUGAAAACGACUGAUGGAGCAAGGCUCGGAAGAACAUCUGCGGGCCCAACUCCAUGUUGGAUGUGAGAGCCGAUAUGAGCCGGCCAUCCCCGCAUCUCCCCCGUCUCCUCUCUCUCUCCACCAGCACAACACCCAUCUCGAGACACCAACACUGAACCAACGGAACUCCGCCUCAUAUCAAACAUUCUCCUACGACUCCUGAGACUCAUCACUCCAACACCGAUAACAAAAUCCUCCCAAAAUGGCCGCCGCCCUCACCCGCUACAAACUCACCUUCCACGUCCCCCCCGCCGCCCUCGAAGCCUGCAAAACCGCCAUCUUCGCCGCCGGAGCGGGGCGCUACCCGGGAAGCGGCAACUACACCGAGGUCUGCUACACGACGCUCGGCACGGGCCAGUUCCGGCCCGGCGCGACGGCCAACCCGCACAUCGGCACGCCCGGCGCGCUGGAGCACGUCGAGGAGGCCCGCGUCGAGACGCUGUGCGUCGGGGAGGAGGUGGCGAGGAAGGCGGUUGCUGCGUUGAAGGAAGCGCACCCGUAUGAGGAGCCGGCGUAUUCGGUGUUCAAGAUGGAGGACUUUUGAGUUGGACAGGGGUAGGGGCUGGAAUUCGGAGGGCGGACAUUGAUGUGUGAAUUGGAAGGUUGGUCGAUCUACGUUGGACGGUGGGGUUUCCGGAGAGACGGGGCAUCGCUAGCUUAGUGCUCUCGAACUCGGUGUUGCCACAGGUGACGGGGGCAUCGUGGAUGACGUUGUGAACCAGAUGGUGCCUUCGACGAGGGUCAGCGAAGUAGGAUAUGAGUUCCUUGGCCGCUAAAAGACGAUUUGGUGUUGAUGUUGGCAGACAUGAGCUGCAGUAACCGCCCGGGAUUGAGUUGUUGUGUUAUUUGCAAAUGAAAUCUUCACCGGUGAUGUUUGAGUUAUUUUACUCUUAUUUUGAU